UUAUGUUGUUAGGCUUUGACACGUUUGGAAACAAAAUCGAAACAUAUAAGAUUGCCUACAGCUAGAAGGUAAAUGACAACAAGUCACAACAUUGCCCGGAACUGAAACCAAAGUGCAAUGAGCUAGGCUGCUGCAUUCAUUAGUCCUUGAGAUUUCUCUUUAGGGUUCGAUUUUGUUGCAGAGAUUUGUCUAAUCGAAGAUGUUUGGCUUCUCCAAGAAAAGUAUGAAGCUUGGCAGGGUGAAGAAGGUACAUUUAUCAGAUUCUAUCUCUACACCAGGAGCUAGAAGCCCCAUUAGACCCCCAAAAAGAGCUCACAAUUCCUCUGUUCAUUGUGAUGAUCAGCUUGACUGUGAAUGCCAAAAGUCAGCUCACCCAGCUGCUGAUAUUGCCAGCUCAACUUCAGGGAAUUCCAACAAUUGGAUGGUUCUGUCUAUUGCUGGAGACAAACCAGCUCCUAGGUUCAAUCAUGCAGCAACUGUAAUUGGCAACAAGAUGGUAGUGGUUGGUGGUGAAUCCGGAAGUGGUUUGUUGGAUGAUGUCCAGGUGCUAAAAUUUGACCAGUUUACAUGGACCACCAUUCCAUCCAAGCUUUACCUUUCACCAAGCAGCCUGCCACUGAAGAUUCCUGCAUGCAAAGGCCACUGUUUGGUUUCUUGGGGGGAAAAGGUACUUCUAAUUGGAGGAAAAACUGAUCCUCCAAGUGAGAGAAUUUCAGUGUGGGCAUUUGAUACAGAAAGAGAAUGUUGGUCAGUAAUGGAACCCAGAGGCGACAUACCGAUUGCUCGCAGUGGUCACACUGUGGUCAGGUCGGGCUCCACACUAAUCCUAUUCGGUGGUGAAGAUGCCAAGAAAAGAAAACUGAAUGAUCUACACAUGUUUGAUCUCAAGUCUCUUCUAUGGGUUCCCUUUUGCUCCACCGGAGCUAGACCUUCCGCUAGAUCGAACCAUGUAGCUGCUCUUUGUGAUCGUAAAACCCUUCUCAUCUUCGGAGGGGCAUCAAAGUCGCGGACCUUGAACGAUUUGUAUUCUCUCGACUUCGAAUCGAUGGUGUGGUCGAUGAUAAAUAUUAGGGGUUUCCAUCCAUCGCCUAGAGCUGGUUGCUGUGGAGUUCUAUGUGGAACCAAGUGGUACAUAGCCGGACACUCAGAGACCUUGAUUUUUGAUGUUUUGAAAGUAGAGUGGUCUGUUGCCUUUGCAUCGCCAUCUUCUUCUAUCACAACCAAGAAGGGAUUCAGCCUAGUGCUUGUGCAACAUAAAGAGAAGGAUUUCCUAGUUGCAUUUGGAGGAUCCAGAAAGGAGCCUUCAAAUCAGGUUGAAGUAAUGGAAUUAGACAAGCAUGAAUCGACGAUGUCUCGGAGGUCUGGUAAGGGUCCUCUUGGGGUCUCUCAGCGUUCAGCUGAUUCCGUUGUUAGACAGAACUUGGCAUCUGCAGCCGAGCAUGUUUCUGGUAGAAAUUCUGUGUCAGAGUCCUCGAUCAUGGAUUCAGGUUGUGCCUCUGGAAAUGCCUCCCACAGAAAGCAAUUUCAUGAGGAAGAACACAACAGAGCUGUCAAGAUGGUUAAGAGAUCAGAGGCAGGAAAUGUGUCGUCUCCAGGGAAUGAGCAGCAAAUGAAUCAAUCCAACACGCCCAUUCAAACUUAUUAUAACCAGUUGGGCAAAAUCAUCAGUGAGGAUAAAUCUUGUGUCUAUGCUCUGAUAAAGAAGAAUGGGGUGCUAGAAGGACAACUCGCGGCAGCAUUGGCUUGCCGAGAGGUGGCCGAGAAGAGUUUCUCUGCUGUCGUGAAGAGCAAGCAAGAUGUAGAGAAGAAGUUGGUCGAUGCUUCAAGGGAAGUGGAGUUGUUGAAGGAGAAGAUGGCUGGUUUGGAGAUGGCCCAUGAAGAGGCCAACAGCAUGUCGAACAUCAUCCAUUCGGACAACUUGAGGCUCGAGCAUGACGUGGCUUUCAUCAAGGCCACUUUCGAGGAUACCCAGAAGGAGCUGCAUUCGACUAGGGGAGUGCUAGCCGCGGAAAAGGCAAGAGCGUUUCAGCUUCAGGUUGAGGUGUUUCAUCUCAAGCAAAGAUUGCAGUCUUUGGAGAACCGAGCUCCGAAUCCUAGGAAACCAUGCCAUGUGUAGAAGGCCCAAAGGAUAUGGUAGACAGUAGAAUUUUGCAGCAGGCCAGUAACUUCUGGUAUCGUGAUUCUGUAUAUAGGGGUACUACAACCCUAAAUCACGCUUCUGUUUCUAUAUCCAAUUAUACUUGAAAUUAGGUUAGAAUGGCAACCAAACAUGCAACUAAUGCAGAAGUCAAGAUCUUUCAUUCCAGUGCUUGGUUUUAUCCAGUUCGACACAACAGAAACGUUGCACCUUGAUUGGUAUGAACGAAGAUCAGUUCUCAAAUCGUGAGCACCUCUGAACACUAUUACAGCUACUUCUGGUCUCUUAAAGAGAUAAAAGUAUAUUCCCCUGGAAACUUAUAAUGGAUUCUCAUUUUAGGGAAACAAAAUAACAAAUUGUGC